GAGCAGAAGACGGGGAUGGGGCCGGAGGCGUCGGUGCCCGGCGGCCGCCCCGCUGCCCCCCCCGACGCUGCAGCCCGGCUGGAGGCAUACAGCCUCCGGUACGCCUACAUGAAGUCCUGGCCCGGGCUGCUGCGGGUGCUGGGGGGGCUGCAGCUGCUCUUCGGCGGGAUGGUCUUCGCCUGCGUGUGCGCCUACGUGCAGCGGGACUACCGGUGGUACGGCAGCGAGCUGCUGGCCGGGGGGCUCCCGGGCGGCGCGGCGGCCUACGCCAGCCCGCGGACCCCCUUCGUGCUGGCGGUGGCCAGCCUGGCCUGGCUGCUCAGUGCCAUCGUGCUGGCGCUGGGGGCCACCGGCUGCUACCGGAGCGUCCUGCUGGAGGCUGGCUGGUGGCCUCCGACGGAGGCCGCCCUCAACGCCCUCCUCUUCCUGCUCUACCUGGCGGCGGCGGCGGCGUACGUCGACACCGUCACGCUCGGGGGGCUCUGCUACUCCCCCCUGGCCGGCGGCCCCCUCCUCGGCGCCGCGUGCCGCGUGGCCGGGGGCCAGGCGGCCGCCCUUGUCUUCCUCUUCGUCACCGCGCUGCUCUACCUGGCCAGCAGCCUCGUCUGCAUCAAGAUGUGGCGGCACGAGGCGGCCCGGAGGCGCCGGGAGGCCCGCCCCGCGCCGGCCAAGCGCAUCGCCUUCGAGGCCUCGUCGGGGCCCCCCGGCAGGGUCACCAAGACGCUUGCCUUCGCCGAGGGGGGGGAGCCGCUGGGGGCCUCGGGCUGCCCCAUGUCCCCGGGGCUGGCGCCCCGGCCCCGCGCCGUCCCGGACUACGUGGUAAAGUACCCGGCGAUCCGGAGCCCCCGGGAGAGGGAGCAGUACAAGGCCGUCUUCUGCGACCAGUACGCGGAGUACAAGGAGCUGCACGGCGAGGUCCGCGCCGCGCUGCAGAAGUUCGGGGAGCUGGAGGCGAUGAUGUGCCGGCUGCCCUGGCACGCGCCGAGCGGCGAGGAGCAGCGCAGGGUGGCCCGCGUCUGGCGCGAGUACGUGAGGAAGAAGAGGGACUCGGCCUUCCUGGAGAAGCAGGAGCGCUGCGACUACCUGACGAAGAAGCUGGAGCACAUCAAGGCCCGGAUUCGGGAGUAUGACCGCGUCGCCCCCGAGGGCUCCGUCUGCUUCUGAGCCCACGGUGGGGCCGGCCCCCGCGCCGGCGCGCUCCAGCCUCGGCCCCGCAAAGCUGGGCUCCGGGGAGGCGGGCUGCCGCCUGGCUCUGCCGGCACUCCCGGUGCUCCCGGUGCCCCCGAGCUCACUGCGCCCUGCCCGGGGGACAGAGCCGGACUCGGUGCCCACCGGGCCGGGGCUCCCUCCCAGGCCCAGCCUUGAGCUCUGGGAGCGACUCCCGGGCUUGUGCACGGGAGAGCAGAACCUGCAGGCGCCUCGGGACGCUGAUUUUGAGCCAGAACGGUUUUUAAUAAAAUAUGGUGAUUUUUU